AUUUUAUGAAGUCAUUUGUUAACGAGUUAUUACAGAUGAUUACUUAUUCAUAAACGAUUAACUUUGACUGUUUUCUACCAUUAAUAAGAUGAUUAUUAAAUUUAAUUUGGGAUGUGUAUAUAUUCUUACAGAUACCUGAUGAUGUCAAUGUAUUAGACAAUGAAUCUUAUUCACCAGUUACCACUUCAAUAAUGACAAUACCUUAUAAUUUAAAUCUAAACUGGGUUUCACCAAUUAUCACUGCUUUGUCAAUGUCAACAAGCCCAUCUAUUUUAAAUUUAACCUCAGAUUUAUCACAUUCAAUAUCAUCUUCACAAAUAGUAACAUCAUCAUCAUCAUUAUUAAUGUCAUGUUUCCCACAAAUAGCAACAAAAGUAAGAGCUUCAUCAUGUUUUCCAUUUGGACGUCGAUCAGACAAUGUAUCAUUAUUAUCCCCUACUUAUCCACAGAUAAAUAUAAAUACUGAUAAUUUGAUCAAUCAUGAUCAAGAUGAUGAGAAACCGUUAGAUUUAACUUUGAAAUCAUUUACAACAAUAAAAUCAGAUGAAUUAACUAAGAAAAAGUUGGAUAAUCAAAAUUCUAAAAUUCCUUGUAGACGGAAAUCAAAUAGGACACGUACACAAACAAAAGCAACAUCAUCCACAACUAUGAAGGUAAUAAACACUUCAGAAAAACUCAAUCCAACAAAUCAAGAUACUCAGACAAAUCGUCAAGUUGAAAUAAUUCAACAAUCAGAAAGUAUCACAUCCUCAUCUACAAAUAAUAAUAAUAAUAAUAAUAUAAAUGGUGCAGAAUUAUGUCAGAAUAAUUGGAUUACAGAUAUUCAAGAUUCAAUACAAAUAAAUGAAUCUGAUCAGAAACGUCCAAGAUCAACAUCUAGUCGUAGACCAUUUAAAGCAUUUGGUAAUACAGUUCCAUCAAUUUCUACAGAACUUUUAUUGAAAUCUUCUAAACUUAUUGAUCCCUUAUUAUUAGUGAAUACUAUUGAUAAAUCUGAAACCGAUGAUGAUCAUUCCAAAUCUAUGGAACAUAAUAAUACACCACCUCUUUCACCAACAUCAGUAAUUUCUACUCCUACAACAAAUGGGAAUAAUUCUAAACGAAAAUCAACGGUUAAAAUAAAAUCACGAAGAUCUCAAAGUGCUUCAGCAAUUGUGUUAAUACCAUUCAAUCAAACUGAAAAUACUAAUGAUAAUAAUAAAAAUAUAACAAUUGACGAGACAUUAUCUACAACAAAAUCUUUAGAAACUCUUUGUAAACUCGACAAACCUGUUGAUUUACUCACAACAACAACAACAACAACAACAACAACGGCACAAUCAAUCAGAUCUAUUUCAUCAACACCUAGUUGUUAUUCCAGUUAUUCUGAAUUAAUCGAUGCCAAUCAUAAUAAUAAUAAUAAUAAUAAUAAUAACGAUUCAACAAAUAUUAAACACACCGAUUGUAAUCCACGUAUGAGACGUUUCCCAGAAAUGACACCAUCUGAAGUAAAAGAUAAAGCAUAUUGGGAGAAAAGAGUUAAAAAUAAUGAAGCUGCUAGACGUUCACGUAGAGCAAGAAAAACUAAAGAAUUAAGUUUAAAAAAAUAUGCUGAUAAUUUAGAAAAAGUAAAUUUAAAAUUAAUUGAAGAAAUUGAAUUAUUAAAAACAGAAAUUUUACAUUUAAAAUCUAAUAAAGAAAUGAAAAAAUCAAAUAG